AAUUAUAAAAGUGAAGAUAAACUCAGAAGUCACCAGCACCAUCAAUCCAUUAACUCCAUGGCUGAGCCUAAGAAGCUUCACAUAGCCAUGUUCCCAUGGUUAGCCUUCGGUCACAUAAUCCCAUUUUUUGAGCUCGGCAAGCUUAUUGCCCGAAAGGGUCAUCGCAUUUCAUUCAUAUCCACCCCUAGAAACAUUGAACGUCUCCCAAAGAUCCCUCCACAUUUAACACCCUUGAUAACUCUAGUGAAACUUCCCUUACCCCGUGUUAAGAACUUGCCAGAAAACGCAGAGGCUACCAUGGACAUACCACACCACAUAAUCCCCUACCUUAAGAUAGCCCACGAUGGUCUCCAAGAACCUUUAUCUCACUUUUUAGAAAAUUCACUUCCUGAUUGGAUUAUUCACGACUUUGCUCCUUACUGGUUACCACCAAUCGCUACUAAGCUACGUAUCUCCAUGGCCUUCUUCAGUAUUUUCAAUGCAUCAUCCUUAUCUUUCUUUGUACCAACAAAGUUGAGUAUAACGGAGGUCCAAGAACCACGUUCAGAGCCCGAACACUUCAUUGUCCCUCCUAAAUGGGUCCCCUUCCCAUCCAAAAUAGCGUUUCGACUAUUUGAAGCGAAGAAAUUCUUCGACCACUAUGAUGAAAACGCUUCCGGUGUUUCGGACAUGUUUCGUCUCAUGACAGUGAUGUCAGGCACCCAAGCCUUCGCCAUUAAAACCUGUAUGGAAGCUGAAGGUGAAUGGGUGAAGCUCCUUGGUGAGCUUCAUAACAUGCCUGUGAUUCCAGUGGGCUUAUUGCCACCCUCGGCUCAAGAAAGAGUAGAAAAUGAAGAUAGUACUUGGGAUACAAUUGUUGAGUGGCUAAAUAAGCAAGAGAAAGAGUCUGUGGUUUAUAUAGCACUCGGAAGUGAAAUUCAACCAAGUCAAGAAGACUUCACCGAGUUGGCUCUUGGGCUAGAGCAAUCUGGGUUGUCCUUCUUUUGGGCUCUAAGGAAGCGAAGUGUUGCUGGGGACUCGGUUGAAUUACCAGAGGGGUUCGAGGAACGAACCAAAGAUCGUGGAAUUGUUUGGACAGGUUGGGCGCCUCAGUUAAAGAUAUUAGCACACGAGUCAGUUGGAGGUUUUUUGACACACUGUGGUUGGAGUUCAGUGACUGAGGCAUUCCAAUUUGGACGUGCACUUGUUAUGUUGCCUUUCUUGGGGGACCAAGGAUUAAUCGCAAGGUUUUUGGAAGAGAAGCAAACAGGAAUUGAAGUACCUAGAAAUGAACAAGAUGGGUCAUUUACUAGGGACUCGGUAGCUGAGACACUGAGGUUGGUGGUGAAGGAUGAGAAGGGAAAGAUUUACAGAUACAAAGCAAAGGAAAUGGCCAACGUUUUCGGAAACCGGGACAUCCAGUACCGAUGUAUAGACAAAUUUGUUGAGUUUCUUGAACACCGAAGCAAUGUCACCAUCGGUAAUUAAAAUGUAAAAAGAGUAGGCGCCAGAAUUACGUAAACAAGGCUGUUCUUUAUUUAUUUGUUUAAUCGUGAGUUAAAGCCAGUUGCAAGACACUUGUGUGUACUUACACUCAAGUGUGUAAUAAGUUUUUUCCAUGUUAAAGAUGUUUUGUGCAUGAUUGCUGUGUUACUUGUUCCUGUUGGGGUUUGUAAAAGUUGGACGUUGUGAUGGUAACUAUUUGUUCGGCUGUUGA